GUUAAAACAUGGCGACUGCGACUUUGACAUUUUUAUGUGUCAAGGUAAAUAAAUUGUCAAGAAGUAUUGGGUAGCGAAUAAAAAUAAUUAAUAAAUUGUGAUUUAGGCAAAUGUUUUAUUGUUUGUGUUUUAAUUGAAUAGCAUUCCGUUAUAUAAAAUUUAUGCAUAAAAUAUCAAAGUUAUGAUAGGACUUCUUAAUGUAUCAAAAUAUAGGCUCAACGAUGCUCGUUCGGACGCUCCUAACGGUCGUAGAAUUUCCUUUAAAUCAUAGAAAAUGUUCCAAGAAUCUAGAAAAUAAGUAAUGUUGUUGUUGAUAAUGGUUGUGUGUGUACUUAAAACUAUAAAAAGUUAGUGAUUGCGCUCGUCAAGAUGGGGGAUAAGAUGAAUAGAGAAUACUUCGAGCCUGGGGCCACAGCCUUCAACUACAAUAAUGUGACGGGCGGUGCAGACAGCGCCAGCGGCGGGUCAGGUGGCUCGGGCAUGGAGUGUCUCCAACUACGCUCGCCACCCGGACCUUUUCAUUACCUCAUCUCGGAGCAGGCUAAGUCCCUCGUCGCUCUACAGGAACUCCAGAAUGAAGUCGGAGCUUUACUUGAGUUUCGCGACCUCGUCAUCGAGACAUUCCCAAACUUACGCUCCAAGAUGGCACCGUCCACGCCUGCGAGCGGUACACGUCGCGACUGGGAGCCCGGGGUGCGCGUGCGUCGUAAACUUGCGGCUGGCGCAGGAGACGCUACGCGGGCCAAGCCACAGCCGUCCGUACAGGAUUCCGGCUUUAGCACAGAGACCUCUUGCGGGAAAGACGCACAUUCCUCAUCGGCCUCAGCUUCUGCGUCAGCCACGCGUUCAAGACCAAUUGAAGAUGAGCUCUGGGCUUUACUCGACGUCAUCCAGAGAAAAGGAGUUCGGUUACGAGACGAAGCUGAACAGUUGCGCGGCGAGCUCGACGAUCGGCACCCACCGGACACCGUGGAGGAAUCGUUCACGCGAGCACUCAAUGACACGGCGUGCGCCGACUGCGCCGACACGGGACGGCUGCGUGCAGAGCGGGACGCGCUGCUGCUCCGCGCCGCGCAGCUGGAGGCGGCGGCGGCGGCGGCCGCCGUCACUCCGCCUGCGCCCGCGCCCAGUACCCCGCUCGGCCGCCUCGACACAGCACUGGAAACACCCUCGCGCCCACCGCGCGUCGCUACGCCUGACUCCAAGAAGUUCGCGGCGAUUCUCCUCGAGAGCAAUCCUGUCGAACUUCGGAGGCAGCUCCUCACUUCCACCGUUCAAAAUCAGGUAUUGAGCGAACGCCUGAGACGCGCGGCCGCGCAGCGCACGGUGCUGUUAGAAAGACUGGAGCGAGCUCGAGACUUCAACGAGGACCUCAAAUUUAGACUGGAGGAGAAGAGUAUCGAAUUAGAAGGAGCACGUGCUCGCGUCCGACAGUUGGAAGGAAAGCGGCGCAGCCCCGCGCGGUCCGCGUCCCCCGCGCGCGACCACAGCAGCAUGCGCGACAUGGAGCCGCUGCACAUGCCGGACGACGCGGAGCCCGACUCCCGCAUCGCCGACACGCCGCGCCGCCGGCCCAGCCGCAUCCCGCUGCACACGGCGCGGCCGCCGCCGGCGCGGCCCCCCUCCGCCCACUCCGUGCGCUCGGCGCGCUCCGCGGCGUCGGCGCGCUCGGCGAGCUCGCCGCUGGGCGGGGCGGGGACGGGCGCGGGCGCGGGCCGCAAGGAGCGCGAGCCCAAGAGCGGCGUGCCGGUGCGUCGCGCGGCGGCGCCCGACCCCAAGGUGCGCGCGCGCUCGUUCUGGAACGCGUGGUUCUUUCCGAAAGAUUCCGGCUCAUAGCGUGAGUGCCCGCGCGCGCCGGACUGACGUUCUCGUAGCUUGUCGAGUCGGGCCGCAUCUCGCAUGCCAUUAUGUCGAUCGUAAGUUUUGUUUCCCCGUCGUUUCGUUUCACUUCGGUUACUUCAAAGCCGGGCCCGCCCCGAUUCUAGUUUCCUUUAAUUUGACGUAGAGCGAGUCGGUCCGUAGUGUAGGCGAGCAUGUGCUAACGAUUGUGUGUCCUCGUCACUAACUAUAGCGACAGAUCGAGUGACAUCAAAAUCUUUCCUUAAAUACUGAUAACAUAGGCGUUCAAUGAAGUUUAAAAAACUUAGCUCAAUAUGUUGUACUCGAAGUAUUUGUGGUUGGAUUUUUGUGUCUCUAACCCACAUUUUCAUCAUGUUAAUAAAUUGACACAUUUUGUUUGUAAAAGAUGUCGUACUCUGAAUUUGUGACUAGUGACAUUUCUUUCAUAGUUUAAUACAAGUGUUUAAAUUCAUUCGAUAACCAAUUAAUCACAAUUCGUUUGUGCGACACCUUUAUAUGGCGUGGGAUUUUACAUACCAACAUUAUCAAAAUAUGAAUUUUAACUUAUAUAAAAACCAUUAUUAAACUUAAACAUUUUCAAGUGUUAUUUAUUCAGUGCACAUUUUAACAUUUUUGUGAUUACUUCUGGACAUUGUUGAAGACUAUAAUAGUAUGGUAAGUGCAAGAUAAAAAUACAUUUUUUUAUAAUUUGUAUAAUUGUUUUUGCCAGUAUUCACUGUUUAUGACACAUUAUAUGUUAAUUUUAUGUCUUAAUUUUGUUAUUUAUGAUUUUUUGUAUUUUCAUUUGUAUGUUUGUAUUGACAUAGUGGCAUAAUGGCACAAAAUAAUUGGCUAAUCACACAAAAAACUGAUGCUCUCACAUGGCCUAUACACUGUUGGUAAUUGGUUUGGUAACUAAUAGAGUGAAAAGUUAUGCACAGAUGUACUCGUGAAAUAAUAAUAUCCGGUAGUUCAUGUUUGACACGGUGGAGAUGUUAGCGGUAGUUUCACAAAAAUGCAGUAUCAACAUACAUUAUACAAUUAUGUAUCGUAUAAUUAUUCGAUUCACUAAGUCGUCAGUAGUCAUUCUCACUAGUAUGAUAUGUAUUUCACUAUAUUAUUUUAUAAAUGCUAAUUUAUUUGUUAUAUAAAAACUAAACGAUUCGAGCAUUUGGCUUGCCGACGUACGUAUGCAUAUAGACGGAACCGUGGAGGAUGACUAGUGGCGGCUCGCGGGCACUUGGCGGACUCGGACACUAAAGGUUAGCGCCAGCUCGGCCGCGGGGGCAGCGCCGCCGGUGUACGUAACCUCGUUGGACAUUUCGACAGAGAGACGAAGAUGAGUCGGAGCGCUGGCGCGUGGCGGCGCUGGCGGCGGAGUACGUGGCGCGCGCCGACCGCCUGGCGCCGCUGUUCCCGCGCGCGCGCCCGCUGCCCGCCGCGCUGCCGCCCUACGCGCCCCGCGCGCCCUACGCGCCCCUCGCGCCCUCCAACCUCGCGCUGGAACUGUCGCGCUCCAUCCUGUACGAGCGCGCCGACUCGGUGCGCUCGCUCGUGUCGCACGUGUCGCCCACGUCGCGCGACGACUCGCUGUGGAACGGUAAGCCGCAGCAGUACUUUGAGAGCAUGAACUACGGCGAGCGCCCGGCCUCGGACGACGACGAGCCCAAGGAGUACGACAGCGACUCGCUCGCGCCCUGAGCCCGCUCGUCCGUCUCUUUGUCCUUGCAACUUCUCUAUUGAGUAUCAUUCCACGGUCGAGGGUUCUAUGAUGUCUCGAGUGAUCUGUGAUAUGUCACCGUUUUAAAUGUUAACUACCAUUUUUUGGAUCCUAUGCUCAUAUUACGUAGCCUCUCGUUGGAGGAAUGAAAUUUAUUCUUCAGUUAUAUAAACCUGUUUUUGAAUCUAAUGAAUAAGUGUUAUGCAUGAUAUAAAAUUAGGAGUUAAUUUUCGGUACUAUUAUUAUAAUUUAUAUCCGUGGCUUUCAACUUUAAUGGUAUGGAGUCGAAUGGAUAUUUUGAUUCAUGAAAUGAUGAAUUUAAAUAUUUACUCACUAUAACUAUAAUAUUAUUUGUAAUGGGUUGAUUUUAUAAGAAUUUAUUAUCAAUAAAUAAUUCGUUCCACUUGUCUUCAAAGUAUUACAUACAUAAAAUAAUAUACAUACAAAUAAUGGUAGCUACUUUAAAAUUAAGUAUCGUCAUUCCUAAAACCUAUAAGGACAGACUGUAAUUAUUUAAUAUAAAUUGAGUGAGAGCUUGGAACGACUGUUAGAAAGGCUGUGAAACACUGAAGUGUGCUUGAAGUUGUUUCUGAUGUAAUCUAUAAAUUCAGAGGUAAUAAAAUGUAGUGCUUAGGUAAUGCGUGUUGCUGUUUAAACAUACUAUUGUUAAACAUAUUCCAAUCGUCCAGUGGUGUACGUCCUAACGAGACAAAGCGUGACUGCCUUUUGAGUUGUAAGAUUACUGUGUUAAUUCCUUUUACUAGUAUACAUUUCAUACGGCGGACUUAACAAAUAGUAGGAGACUGAUUUUGUAUAAAUAAAAAUUAGAAAUGCUUUACCUGUGUAGGAACCUCCAUUUAAAUGACCGUAAUUAAGUAUUUCUUUCUCUGUUUUAAGAAUAAUGUGUAAAAUGUACUAUCAAUUAAGCUCUUAAAGAAUUAUACUAAUAAAUAAUAAUAUACCAAUUCUAUAAUGUAAAUGGCUGUAUUUUAUGUAAUUAAGAAUUUGUGGCUAGAUUAAUUAUUUAAGUCGACUGUUUAAUUGUACAGCAUUCGAUUAUACUAUUAGAAUUUGUAAAUUAUUAAGCCAUUACCUACCUAUAAUUAAGAUACUCAUAAAUCUAUCUAGUUAGCUUGAAUCUAGUUGAUGACUUAUGUAAAGUGUACAGAGAUCAUAUCAUUAUAUACAGAUCGUAAAUAAAAUUGUUCAUAUCAAUAUUAUCUUUCAUUUAAAAACAGAAAAUUUAC